UCAAUCUUUUAAUUAUAAGUAUGGUUAUUGUAGAUUUAGAAUUCAUUUUUAUGGAAGAGCAAAAAAUUUCUCUCCCAAAUUAAACCUUUGUUAGAUCAGUAAUCUACCAAAAAAAAGGCCAAUUCUAAGCAGGGAAGCCAGGAAUAACACAUGCUUUAACUCUAGUUAACAUGUGGAGGGAAAAUAUUUGUCAGCCAAAUCACUAGGUGAAGGAGCUGAUGUGAUAAUUGAAGAACUUUGAUGCUUCCAAAGACAGUAAAUUAAAGAUCUAAGCUGCCAAGAUCAACAGUCGAAUUUGAAGUUUUGUGAAUUGCCCAAAGUGUUCCUAAAAUAUUGGGCUUGAAACUUAUAAGACGACACUUAUUUACCAGUAAAUCUGAAUCAGUCCAUUCAGCAUGCAAUUAUGACUUCAAUUGCUGAAUCUAUUCACCCAUACGUGGCCAACACUGAAACUGCCCAUGAAGCAUGGAUUGUGUUGGAAAGACUCUAUGCAAAUAAUUCUCAAACUAGAAUUGUGGCACUCAAGGAGCGAUUGUCGAAUCUCAAGUGUGAAGGUAAAGCAAUCACCAAUUAUUUGCGCACGGCCAAAGAGCUUAUUGAUCGUAUUAGCCUUGCAGAGAAAAUACCUCUUUCUAAUUCAACACUACAAGUUCACUUUUUGAAUGGUCUAGGAUCAGAGUAUCGAGAGUUCAAGGCCUUUAUACGGGCUCGAGAUGGACCACCACUGUCUUUUGAAAAUUUGCAAGACAGAUUGCUAGCUUAUGAAGAGUCUCUACAACGAGAAGACUCUCGCCAAGAAUUGCAAGCUCCACUCACGGCACAAUUUGUUGGUGCUAAUUCCAAGUUUAGUGGGGCAGUCGUGCUAAAGGUGGUCGCCGAAAUUGAACCAACAGGAUCGCACCACGGAAGUGACGCUUCUUUGAAGGCACAAUCAUCAUGGCGUGUACCGCUUAGCCGUCCAAGGUUAUUUUACCCAAGAUAUGUUGUCUUUAACGAGCAUGAUUUUUUCUACAAAAGAUCUCACACUCUUGCUUUGGAUGGUGGCACUCAAUCCUAUGAUAGUCUGUCCAAAUUAGUUAUCUCUCCAUCAGGUACGAUUAGCCCUCAAGCAUGCUCUCAUGGUGCGGCCCAUCCACAUGACAAUCAGGGUACUUGGGAACUUGUUCCUCGCACUAAUAUUAAGAAUGUCAUUAGCUGCAAGUGGGUGUUCCGUGUCAAAAGAAAUAAGGCAGGGGGUAUUGAAAGGUACAAAGCACAUCUUGUGGCUAAAGGAUUUCACCAACGACCUGGGUCAGAUUACUUUAAUACCUUUAGUCCGAUGAUCAAACCCACAACUAUACGCAUCGUACUUUCAUUAGCUGUCAAUAAAAAUUGGCAUGGUCGUCAGGUACAUGUUAAUAAUGCAUUUUUGCAUGGGAAGUUGGAAGAGGAAUUGUUUAUGGAGCAACCACUAGCUCAAUACAUUCGUGAGCUUUUGGUCAAGUUUGGCAUGAGUGAUGCUAAGCCCGUGCAAUCUCCCAUGGCAACUGUAUCUUUGCACUUACAUCAAGGUAAUCAGCUCUCUGAUGCUCAGCCAUAUCGUCAACUCGUUGGUUCUUUGCAAUAUCUUGGUAUCACUCGGCCGGAUAUCUCCUUUGUUGUUAACAAGCUAUCUCAAAUUCUUCAUGCUCCACAUCUGAGUAGCAAUCCGAUGCUGCAUACUAGGAUGAAGCAUAUCGCAAUUGAUCUCCAUUUUGUCAGAGAACUAGUUGAUCACAAGGUUCUUCGAAUGAGCCAUAUCUCCACUCUUGACCAAUUAGCUGAUGGCCUCACCAAACCACUUUCCACACAUCAUUUUGCUCAACUCCAACACAAGAUUGGAGUCACCGAUGGGAGCUCCAUCUUGAGGGGGCAUAUUAAGGAAACAACCAGUGAUUGAGCUAGAUUGAUUCUAUUCAACAGUGCAUCUGUGUUUGAUCUUUCAUUUAAUAUUUUAUCUCUGAUUUGGUUUAUAUUCUAGAAUAAUGAUUAGGAUAGUUAUCUUGUAUUUACUGAUUUAGUUUCCAUUCUUCUUGAAUUGUAAUACUUGUAUAUAUUUCUAUGAAAUCAAUACAGAAACAAUCGUUCC